CUGCCAGUUCCCAUUAUUCCAUCUUCUCUCUACCCUCCUCUUUCUAUAUCCCUAUCUCUCCUUCCACACGCUUUAUAUUGAUUUGACAAAAUCUUAAAAGUGAUCUCUCAGAUUCUGGAUUACUUAUUAUGUUAUGUAAGUGCAGUGCAGUGAGUCUUGAAGGGCUUCUCUAAGUGAGUUUUGUGGCAUGAGCUUAGAACAUGCGGCAUGUGAGCAAUGACCUUCUUUGCAGAGAAUCACAGCUUGGCCACUCUUUUUUUCAGGCAUGGGAACAAAGAUUGUUGAGCCAGUUACGACAAACUCAUUUGGGUUAAAGACUGUUGAUCGUACUGGAUUUAUCAGAUUUGGUGUUAAUGGUCAACGAAAAUCUUCAAAGGAGACGUUGACAGACAACAAAGAGGAGGAAGGAGAUUUUGUUAUAAGGUCAAUGGAUAGAUCUCUUGAAAGGCAAAAAGCUGGAUCGAUCAGACAUACAAUGCAAACCCAAGAAGAUGUUUUCAAGCAACAGGUGCGAGAGCUACAUAGAGUAUAUAAUAUACAGAAAAUGAUGAUGAACCAGCUGAAACAUAGGAGCCAAAGUUGUACUAUCAACAACAAAGACCAAAGCGGUCCAAAAGAGAGAACCGGAACCUGGCCAGGCAUAGACCUCGAAAAUGAGGUUAGAGGCACGAACACAACGACGGAAUAUAUUGAAGAGAGCGAACUAGAACUGACAUUGAGCAUUGGAAUGUCUUCUUCAUCUACGAACAAGGAUAUGGACUACUCGUCGACAACGUCGUUUAGAUCAUCAUCUGAUAAUUGUAAUAACCAGAGCAAUAAUAACAAUAACAGUAAUAACCAAGAAAGUAGUGGACCAAACACGCCUAUGAGAAGCUCAAAAACGUUGUCGUUGGAUCGAGAGAAGAAGCGACCUCACUGGCUUUUUCAAGGACUUAGUAUUAAUCGAACUUCAUGAUUUUUGUUAAUUCACUGACUCUUUCAAUUUCUCUUUUUGUUUCUUUUGUAUCUGAUAUAUUACUACUAUUAUUAUUUACCAGAUGUACUGACUUAAGUAUUAGCUCUUAUUAUGUUUCUAAGUUAAUACCGAUAGACCAUUACAA